AGUAGAACAGUAUUAUACAUAUAUAUAUUUGUGUGUUGAUAUUGAAGAUGGCUUAUGCUGCUCUCGUUUCACUUGCACAAUUGCUAGACCAGAUUCUGGAUCAUGAUGAACACACCAAUUAUUUUCUUCAACAAAUUAAAUCCCUACACCAAAAUACUCUUUCCCUGUUAAAUUUUCUCGACGAUUAUCCCGGAGAGGCGGCGCUUCCAGAAGUACGAAUCACAACUGCCGCAAAUCAAUCAGAAGAUACAAUCGAGCGCCAUAUUUCUGAUCAAAUUCUCUCUCUACAAAAUUCCGAAUCUUCAGAUCUGUACUGGCUAAAGUUGUACGGAUCGUUGCGCGAGUCGAUGGAAGAAAUCGAUUCCAUUUUGAAAGAAGUAAAUCAGGUCAAGAGUAGCAGCAGUGCGAGUAAGGAGCAUUCAUCUGGUUCUUUCUCACCCAGACUUGCGCCUAAACGCAAAAACGACACCGUUGUUGUGGGGUUGGAUGAAGACGCUAUGAAAUUAAAGGGUCGUCUAUGCGGAGAGUUCAAAAACCUUCAAACGAUACCGAUCGUUGGCAUGGGAGGCGUUGGGAAGACAACUCUUGCUAGGUAUGUUUACGACGAUCCGUUAAUUGUGCAUCACUUCGAUGUUCGUGUUUGGGUUACAAUAUCCCUGAAUUAUAGCAUUCGUCAAAUUCUUCUAGACCUUGUUAGUUUCAUUGGCGUGUCUAAUAAGGAGCUACAUAAGUUCGAUACAGAUGCGUUGUUGGUGGCGUACGUGUAUAAGUACUUAAAGAGAAGGAGAUAUCUGAUUGUGAUGGAUGAUUUGUGGAACACGAAUGUAUUCGAUGAUGUACGGAUGAUAUUUCCGGACGACUCUAAUGGGAGUAGGAUUGUAGUAACUACUAGGCAGCUAGAUGUGGCUUCUUAUGCCGACCCUUCUGGCCGUUUUCACCGGGUUGAGUUGAUGAAUAUGGAUCAAAGUUGGAAUCUACUGAGGGAGAAGGUUUUUGCAAAUCGAGAACAUUGCCCUCCCGAAUUGGAGCAAAUCGGGAAGCUGAUUGUAGAAAACUGUCGAGGGCUUCCUCUAGCAAUUGUGGUGAUUGCUGGGGUCCUCCGUGAGGCUAAUCAGACGCAAGACACUUGGCGAAACAUUGCCAGAAAUGUGAAGGGAGCUUUCGAUGGAAGCGAUGAGCAGUUUAUGGAGAUAUUGUCUUUGAGCUAUACGUAUUUGCCUCAUUGUUUGAGACCGUGUUUUCUUUAUAUGGGAGGUUUUCCGGAAGAUCACGAGAUCAGUGCGUCAAAAGUUAUCAAAUUAUGGGCUGCAGAGGGCUUUGUGAAGCCGAAUGGAUCUAAAAAUCAAGAAGAGGUGGCAGAGGAAUAUUUGGAAGAUUUGGCGAAGAGAAGUCUCGUUUUGGUCGUUAAGAAGAGAUUUAAUGGCAGAAUCAAAGCUGUCAAGAUCCAUGAUCUCUUGAGAGAUCUCUGCCUACGGAAAGCUCGGGAGGAGAAUUUUCUUCAUGUCAUAAAUGAAUUUUCAGUCGACUCUUUAAAAGUCAUCGAGAAAUCACGACGCUUAAGUAUUUUUUCUUAUAUAUUGGGCGGCUUUCCGGAGGUUGAUUGUUCGCGUAUUCAUAGUCUUCUUUUGUUCCAACAUGAAGCCUUACAUUCUUGGAGAAGUUUUAGUCUUCUCAGGGUAGUGGAUGCCUUGAGCGUAAUAUUGGAUUUUUACCCAGAUGAUAUAUUUGAGCUAUUUCACUUGAGGUACCUCGCUUUUACCUUUGAUUAUACUGACAAGAGACAUCACUAUGAAAUUCCUAAAUCCUUUUCAAAACUCGAGAAUCUUCGAACCUUAAUCAUCCGCCAGUUCAAUGGGUUUUAUGGAUUCAGAACCACUUGUUGUAUGCCAUUUGAAAUUUGGAGAAUGACACAAUUAAGGCAUCUUAUCUUGUUGGAUGGCUUCUUACCCGAUCCUUGUUCAGAAACUUGUCUGGAAACCUUAGCUCUGGAAAACCUACAAACACUUUCGAAUAUACAAGGUUUUACGUGCUCCCAAAGGAUGUUAGAAAUGAUACCAAAUCUUAAAAAGUUGGGAAUUACGUAUUCAUCCGAUGACCUCUACGAAGAAGAAUGGUCAAAGUAUUGCCUAAACAAUCUUGUCCAUCUCCAUAAGCUCGAAGAGUUGAAAUUCCAUGCAAUGCCUCAUGACUAUCACCGGAGUGAUUUGUCCCGGAACCUCGUUUUUCCAUUGACUAUGAAAAAGCUGACGUUAAGUGGCUGCAAUUUACCAUGGGAAUCCAUGACGAUUGUUGGGUCGUUGCCUAAUCUCGAAGUUCUCAAACUGAAGAAGAGGUGCAGAGCUUUGGAAACGAACUCGAGGUCCUCACCAUUACGUCACAACUGGAACCUGCACUCGACACUGGCAUGGAUUUCUUCAAGUCCUGAGAUGGGUAAACUUAAGGUAUUUAUUCAGAUAUUCAUCUCAUUUUUUUUCCUAUUCACCAAUCCAUGUAAUUAAAUACUUGAUGUAGUAAUGUUUCAAUAUGUUGUAUUUGGUCUUCUUUUCAUAACUU